AUGGCAGGCUGGUUCUCCUCUACCUCGCCGCUCGAUGAGCAGGUCGAGCGGGCAACCUCUUCUUCCCUGGAAGAUAUCGCCCUCAACCUGGAGAUAUCCGACCUCGUCCGAUCAAAGAGUGUCCAGCCCAAAGACGCGAUGAAGUCUCUGAAACGCCGAUUGGAGAACCGGAAUCCCAAUAUCCAGCUGGCAACACUGAAGUUGACCGAUACAUGCGUGAAGAAUGGCGGCACCCACUUUCUGGCAGAGAUUGCCUCUCGUGAAUUCAUGGAUAACCUUGUGUCGCUGCUCAAGGCCGAAGGCGCGCCCCUCAAUCCAGACGUCCAGCGGAAGAUCUUGGAACUAGUCCAAAGUUGGGCCAUGGCUGCUCAGGGCCGGAUUGAUCUGUCGUACCUGGGGGAGACGUAUCGCAAAUUACAGGGCGAAGGUUUUCAAUUUCCACCGAAGACUGAAAUGAGCGGCAGCAUGCUAGAAAGCAGCGCGCCACCGGAGUGGAUCGAUUCCGAUGUUUGCAUGCGAUGCCGUACUCUGUUUAGCUUUAUGAACCGCAAGCACCACUGCCGGAACUGUGGUAAUGUUUUCGAUGCUCAGUGUUCCAGCAAGACCCUGCCAUUACCGCAUCUUGGGAUCCUGCAGCCGGUUCGAGUGGACGACGGGUGCUACACUAAGUUAACAUCGAAGCCCUUAACGUCGGGUCUCUCCGACAGGUCUUCAUUCAAGAAUCACUCUAUUACCAAAUCCAGCGCCAUGGAACCUCGCGGGGCCAAGGCAGAUACAGGGUUCGAUGAAGAUCUGCGCCGGGCGCUGCAGAUGAGCCUCGAAGAAGCUGAAGGGAAAGGUCCUUCAGGUUUUGUGCCGCAAACUGGCAAUGUUCCAGAUACGACCAAGACCGAUUCAGGGCCAGCAAACGUGGAGGAAGAGGAUGCCGAUCUCAAGGCUGCGAUCGAGGCGUCCUUGCGGGAUAUGGAAGAGCACAAGCAAAACCAUGCGGCUGCGUUAAAGAAUGCCCCUAACCCAAGCUCUCCAUUGCGUGAUUCCUCCAGCACCCCGACUCCCUUACCUAAGAAUCCAUACGAGCUCAGUCCGGUAGAGGCAGAGAACAUCCAUCUCUUUUCUUCCCUGGUCGAUCGGUUACAGCAUCAGCCUCCCGGCACUAUUCUCCGAGAGCCCCAGAUACAGGAGCUUUAUGAUAGUAUCGGGGCAUUGCGGCCCAAAUUGGCUCGCAGCUAUGGAGAGACUAUGAGCAAGCACGACACUUUGCUGGAUCUGCAUUCAAAACUCUCCACUGUGGUUCGCUACUACGAUCGAAUGCUAGAAGAACGCCUAUCCAGUGCCUAUUCUAUCGGAUAUGGUGCCGUUCCUGGAGCACCGCAGUAUCCGACUGUGCAAGCUUCCUUGCCUUCACACGCACCAGAUGCAAGGACCGGUGCCGAAAAUUUUUACUACGGAAACCCGACAGACAACUCUCGCCCGCCCACUACUGUUUAUGCGCCACCGCGAGUAAACAGCGGUGGCUUCGAAGGGACACCGAGCGGCGUCGUGAGCCCUGCAUAUUCAGGCCAGGCGCCCCACGGAGCUCCUCCGGGUGCUCCAAAUGAACCACACCAUACUGCCUGGGCAAGAAAUUUAUACCCGUCUCUGGGAUCGCCUCCACCCAGCAGUGCCAUCCCCAGCAACCAUGUUCCAGCUCCAGCGCAGUACUACACAGCCCAACCCGAUCAAGACCCAACCAAAUCACCGUUUACGGAACCACCAUAUCAGCCAUCACCGAUCAUGCAGCGAGACUCGCAAUACCAGCCCAGCGCCCCGCCAGGCGUCCCAGCCCCAAGUGCGCCCGAACCGCCCACGCCCACCGAGUAUGUGCAAUCACCUACAUAUUCAAUGCCUCCGCCCGGCCCGGGAUCCCAUCAGCAAGCACCUGGAGCUUCUCCACAAUCCUACUACUAUCAACCGCAACAACCACAGACGCCCACAACAUACCCGCAGAUGGCGACUGCCCCACCGGGCACGCAUGCACCGCAAAGCGGACAGAUUCCGGCCUAUCAGCCCACACGGCCGGUGGAGGAGAGCUUGAUUGAACUAUAG